AUGAGUAGUAGUACUUGUGCUCGAUCCAACUGUAAUAAACCCGUGUAUGUAGAAUCUAAUGGAUUGGUACAUCCAUUUUGUGGGAAAACAUGCGCAGCAGCAGAAAGAUCGGCGGCAAUCACUACUCUAGGAAAAUGUUCCUCCAAUUUUUGUUAUCGUCCAAAAUAUAAGGAAACCAAUGGAAAUAUUUAUGAUUAUUGCGGAAGAACAUGUGCGAUUAAAUCAUCAAUAAUAUCUUUGGAAAAAGAAGACCAACCGAAACAAAGUAUAUGUAAAGUGAAAUGUGCUCGAAACGGAUGUUCGCAAGAACGAUACGCUGACCCUAACGAGCCAACAAAAUUUUUUUCAUUUUGUAAUCGUAAAUGUUAUUGGGCGGAAAUUAAUUCAUUAUCCACCACCAAGAUCACGGUAGUUUCAAAUAUGGAUUUGGAUUAUAAUCGAAUUUCGGAUAAUUUCAUGAAAGUAUUACCUAAUAUUAAAAUUCAAGGAAUUUUACGACUUCAAAUGCCAAAAAAAAUUGGUGAAGCACAUUUAGAAUUACGCAAACAAAAGAAAUUUGUUCAUCAAAUGUAUCAUGGGACGAAAGCAAAUUGUAAUAUUAAAAAUCUAAUUAAUAAUCAAAACUUGCAAUGUAAUUUAAUCGGAGGAACAUGUGGAGUAUGUGGAAUUAUUCAAGAAGGAAAUUCCACCAAACAUUCUAGAUAUAAUGGACAAAUGUGGUUCGCAAGACAACCAUCAACUUCUAUGGGUUAUACAAGUGGUGAAUACAGAGCUAUCUUUUGCGUAGACAUAGCAACAGAUGAUAAUAUUAAUGAUUACUUAAUAAUUAAUUCGGAUGCAGUAAGUAUUUAUUAA